UAUCUUUAGCUCCUAGGGAAGAUUUCCCCUUGCCAACUUCCAAACAUGGAAAUGCGUUCAAGUCUCUCUCUUUCUGGUCUCUUUUUAUAGUAGCGAUCUCAAGUAUCCAUUCACAUACGCAGUUUCUGAAAAUUGUGUGUAGUGAUCACAAGAGCCGUUUCGAUUUGGUUUCAUCGUCGUCAAUGGCGGAGCCGGAGGUUAUUCACUCAUGGUCUGCUCCAAGAUCACUCAGCACGAGUCUCAUGUACUCGUUUUCCCAGAGGGAUGACACAGAAGUUCUUGACGAGCCCUUAUACGCUGCCUUCCUUAAAGCGGCGAGUGUUGAUAGACCAUAUAGAGAAGAGCUUCUGUCAAAAAUGGAAUCUGAUGGAAAUAAGGUUGUCAAAGAUAUCAUUUAUGGACCAGGAAAGAAGAAGUACCGGUACUGCAAGCAUAUUUCGAAACAAAGGAUUCUCGGUUUGUCGAGUGAGCUGAUGAGUAAAGGAAAACACUUUAUAUUGAUACGCAACCCUCUCAACAUAUUGCCUUCCUUUGACAAAGUAAUCCCUCCAUCGUUUUCAGAAGUGGGCUUGGGAGAAUUAGUUUCGAUAUACAAUGAUCUCUGCAGGAUAGGAAACCCGCCUCCGAUCAUUGAUGCUGAUGAGCUUCAACAGAAUCCCGAGGCUGUAUUACAUGGUCUCUGUGAUGACUUGGAGAUUCCAUUUCAGUCCUCUAUGCUUAAAUGGGAGGCUGGCCCGAAAACAGAAGAUGGACUAUGGGCACCGUGGUGGUACAAGACUGUUCAUAAAUCGACGGGUUUCUCAUCUCCGAAGAAGUAUCCUCAGACGUUCCCUUUGUCGCAUUACGAGUUGCUAGAACAAACUCUGCCACUUUACAACGUUCUUAAGCGUCAUGUGAAGAACAAGUCUUCCCUCUUGAGCAGCCCUUUACCUCCUCCUGAUCUUCCGGUUCCUGAAAAUGCAAAACUGUUCGCCUGGAUCGGCGAUGAGAUUUUGCCACGCGAGAUGGCAAAGGUUUCUGUAUUCGACUCGGUUGUGCAAGGCGGAGAUUCGGUAUGGGAAGGACUUCGGGUUUACAAGGGGAAGGUAUUCAAGCUUGAAGAACAUUUAGAUCGGCUGUUUGAUUCGGCAAAGGCUCUGGCUUUCAACAACGUCCCCUCGCGUGAAGAGAUGAAAGAAGCAAUCUUUGCAACUCUCAUCAGAAACGGAAUGUUCGACAAUACACAUAUAAGGCUUUCUCUAACUCGGGGGAAAAAGGUUUCUUCUGGAAUGAGCCCUGCAUUCAAUCGUUACGGAUGUACUCUUAUCGUGCUUCCCGAGUGGAAACCUCCAGUAUACGAUAACGAGAGCGGGAUUGUACUGGUCACUGCCACUACACGCCGGAAUUCGCCAAACAAUUUGGAUUCCAAGAUUCACCACAACAACCUUCUCAACAACAUUCUUGCCAAGGUAGAAGGAAACAAUGCCAAUGCUGAUGAUGCCAUCAUGCUUGACAACGAUGGAUUCGUGUCUGAAACCAAUGCUACGAAUCUUUUCAUGGUGAAAAAAGGCCGCGUUCUCACUCCUCACGCGGAUUACUGUCUCCCGGGGAUUACCAGAGCUACUGUCAUGGACCUUGUGGUGAAAGAGAAUUUCGUAUUGGAAGAACGAAGAAUCAGCCUCUCGGAAUUCCAUACAGCUGAUGAGGUAUGGACGACGGGAACUAUGGGGGAACUCAGCCCGGUUGUGAAAAUCGACGGGCGAUUGAUCGGAGACGGGAGGGUCGGGCCAGUGACGAGAAAACUGCAAAAUGCUUACAAGAACUUGACUGAGAACUCGGGGAUUCCGAUACCCACCUACUCAGAAUCAUGAAACAUGUUCACUUUUCCGGGCGAGAUCUCUCAAUAAAAAUGGUCUGCCAGUCACUUGCUUAGAUGCCGUGGAAUGCAAGCAAGUGUAACUUAGGCAACAAGGCAUUGAACUUUCACCUGUCGUUUUCACAUGAUUCACUGGUCUGAUUGCGUUGAAAGCAUCGGGCUUUUUGCAUCGUUCAUGGGUUUUGAUUGCAUCAGAGCAUGGAAUCCAAUUGAAACCAAUUUCAGACUUGGGGGAAAAGAACAAGGAAGGUCACUUUCGUUUUCAUCAAACUGGAUUUCCAGGAUAUGUUAUGGGAUUUCAGACAAGAAAAUGUGAUUUUCCAGUGAUUCAGUUUCAUGAAUGCAAAUUUCUCGAUAA